AUGUAGAUCAAAAGUUUCAUUUCUCUUUUUUCCUUCUAAUUAUAAUCCAGUCAAACCCAUAUACAUCACCUCUCAACCACUAAUAGCAACCUUUUUAGCUUAAUUUAUAAGAGUUAAUUGCUGUCUAGAAUUUCCUAAAACAGAAUAAUAGCAUGCUUUCUCACUAGACCUUUUCUACUUUCCAUAUAAAAGCAGGAGCCAUUACCCAAUUGAACACUCCCCAAAACACCUUUCUUCCACAAAUCAAAUCCGUAGAACUCAGCAAGAGAGAGAUACUACAAGAUGUUGAAGCAAUCACCAUUUUGUUCCAUUUUCUUCACUGUGCUAAUUGCCUCAGUGCAUGUACUGCUGGUCAAGGCAGCAGUUGACCCAGUCAAAGCCAGUGGGCAUGAGCCAAUUCUUGAGAUGUACAUGCAUGACAUUCUUGGAGGCAGCAGCCCUACAGCUAGGCCAAUCACUGGCCUACUUGGCAACAUAUAUGGAGGGCAAGUGCCCUUUGCAAGGCCAAUAGGGUUCCUUCCCCCACAAGGUGGGGUGGCCAUCCCCAAUGCCAAUGGUGCCCUCCCAACUGUCAAUGGCCUCAAUGGCAUUCCACUUGGCACUGGCUUAGCUGGCACAACAUUUUCAGGAAAACCAAGUGGCCAGGCCCAAACCCAGUUGGGCCCUGAUGGGCUGGGCCUGGGCUUUGGAACCCUCACAGUCAUUGAUGAUAUUUUGACCACAGCACCUGAGUUGGGCUCACAGACAAUUGGGAAGGCUCAAGGAGUUUAUGUGGCAAGUUCAGCUGAUGGGUCCUCACAGAUGAUGGCUUUCACAGCCAUGAUUGAAGGUGGUGAAUAUGGUGACACCUUAAACUUCUAUGGCAUAUUCAAAAUUGGAAGCCCAAUGUCACAUUUGUCAGUGACAGGAGGCACUGGAAAAUUCAAGUCUGCAAGUGGGUUUGCUGAGGUUAGGUCACUUAUACCUCCUGGUCAACAUGUCACUGAUGGUGCUGAGACAUUGCUGAGGAUCAUUGUGCAUCUAAGCUACUGAAUCAGAGAAUCUGGAUGCAGUUUUCUUGUGAAUGAUUGUAGUUUUCAAAUUUGAAUUUGUCUAGUUUUGUCAUAAUAGUAUUCUAAAAUUUUCUGUUG